GUGGUGGAGCUGGAGGGGAGUGUGGAGCGGACAAGGGAGUCACGGAGAGGCUGUAUUCACCAGUUGCUCCAAGACAUGGGCCGUGUGUCAGAGAGGAAGGUGCAGGGCCAUCUCCACAAUCGUAAGAGAUCUUGCUUAGUUUGUCUCAAACGGAGUUGGCUUUGGGGGGAGUGGUUGAAUGGGAGUCUGGAAUUGGGGUUGUGCGAGGUAGGUGGAACCCUGGAACGGGAUUGAUGAUUGGGUGGGGCUGUGAUCUCAGUUCCUGGGGAUUGAGGGGUCACUCAGCUGUGAAGAUUAGAAAGUUGUAGUUGGGACCCUGGUUCUGCUACAAGGGAUUCAGUUUGGUGCUGCUUGAUAUCCGGUAUUGGAUUUCAAUGGUCAGCCCUGAUGUCUACUUGGUUCUUGUAUAGUCUGUCCACUUCUUAGGAGGGAAGGAGGAAACUGUAAAAUCCUGUGGGCUCUCAAGCUGAUUGAUAUUCAGUGUUAGGAAUCUGAAAUAUAGGUAUCAGAGAUAUGGGAGGGAAAUCGAGGAAAACAAAAUAAAGAAUUGUUAGUGUAGAGGCUAGAAUUUCCAUUAUUCCAUUCCAUCCCGCCCCACCCCCAGUUACCAGGUUUCAGAUGGAUGUGUUUUGUCCAAUAACACAAGAGUUUCUGAUGGAUACCCUGGAUACAGACAGUGAUUCUGACUUAUUGGUGAACCAGCCACAAUCAGUGACCAACACGGGAGAGAGGUUGGAGACAGAAGCAGGUAAUCUCGAUCUGUGUAAGAGGGCUCUCAUUGGACAUGUCCUGGGAGAGUGAGAGAGAGAGAGAAUCUGGAAAAGGAACAACAGGACAGUUCAACAUAAAGACUGCCCUGUUCCAAAUGUGCCCUUACUGGAGAGAGAUGGGUCAUUGAGGAAAAUGUUUCCACAAAAUACUGCUUCUAUCUUGCUAUAACAAUCACUUUCUAAUUACCUGUGCUUCUUUCAUUAGUCGAUCGGAUUCUGACUGAUCCCUUCAGACUAGACGGUGACUCUCAGUCGAACUGGUGGAAAGUGCUGACUGAUUCCGACAGUAGCUCAGCAAAUAACAGGGAGCAAAGAGAUGAAUCAGAUGAGUUUCUGACUGAUUCCUUCAGACUAGACAGUGAUUCUCAGUGGAACUGGUGGAAAGUGUCGACCGACUCAGAGGACAGCUUGGAAAACAACAAUGCUAACCUGGAUGAAUGUAUAGAAGAUCUUCAAACGAUUCCCACAACAUUGCACAUAAAGCCACAUGAGCUGACUGAGAUGGGGGUAAGAGUGAUACAGGAGAACUGUUUGAGUGAAGACUCAAGUUGGGGCGAAGACUCAACCGAUUCAGAUGUCAGCUCAGAAGGCAAGGUGGAACAUCUGGAUGUACACUUUUCAAAGCAAAAAUAUCCACAUACUUCGUAUCCAAGGUAUCAUGUUGUUCGCCGUUUAACUGUUAACAAUAGUGCACUGGAAACUCUGAGGAGCCAUCUGUGUACAUACAACCCUCCCAAAAAAUAUGGAGACUGUCUAAACAUCUUGCUGUUUGGUAUGGUCGCAGCUGGUAAAUCAGCCACUAUUAAUACAUUUCUCUCAGCUCUGGAUCCAAGUGGAAGAACGAUAAACUGUGUCCCAACUGGAGCCCACCCUGACUCUUUCACAACAAAGCUCAAGUCCUACAAGUCAAACUCACUGCAGUUUUGGGAUACUGUUGGUUGGGAUUCAUUGAAAGAUGUGGACAAGACAAAGAAACUAUUAACCAUGAUCCUGGAAGGAAGGGUGCCACCAGGAACGAAUUUGCAGGAUUUCAAUCCUCAUUCAGAUGGUGCUCAGAAUCCAGUCAUUCCAAAAAAUGUAAUUCAUGGAGUUGCAUUCACUUUUAAUACUUUCACUAUGGAGGACAUUAAUCUGGAUUUGAUGAAGCAAUUUCAGGAUCUACAAACCAUUGUAUCACAGAAAGAUAUUUACAACAUUGUGAUCGGGACAAACUUUGAUCGAUUGAGGAUACCAGAGAAAAGCUAUAAUCGCAUUUAUGAAAACAGAAAGCUAAAACGGAAGUUUGCAAUGUUGUCGGAUUAUACUGGGAUGAAAAAACACACCAUGUUUGCUGUUUCGAAUGAGUUGAAAGGUGAUAAGAUUGAGAAGACAAAGUGUAUUCUUGCUUUGUACAUUCUGAAAAAUAUAGUCAAAAACAUAGACCCAUCUUCGAAAUUUAAAAGGCAAAAUACUGCAGAGGCUGGAAAUCUGAAAUGAAAACAGAAAAUGCUGGGAACACUGAGUAAGUCAGGCAGCAUCUGUAAAGAAAUGUUUCAGGUCCAGGAGGACCAUUCUUCAGAACCACUAGUUCCCCUCCUUGACUCAAAACGUUUACUCUGUUUUUCCCUCAACAGAUGCUACCAGAGUGUUAUGAAUCACCAGAAUUUCCCAUUAUUAGUUAGUUUAAAGACGGUUGGUACAUAAAGGCCCAAUGUAUGAGUCGUCUGUACUUGUUCAAUAAACAUCGACAGUAGCUGCAGUCACAGAAUCAAUUAACAGAAAAAGAUCACUCAGCCCAUCUUGUCUGUGUUGACUCAUUGAAAGAGCUAUUCAAUCAGCUCCACUCACAGGCUGCCUUUCCCCAUAACUUUGUACAUGUUCAUUUUUCAAAUAUCAAUUCAAUUCCCCUUUUGAACAUUCUUCAUGAAUCUGAGUCCACUGCCCUUCCCUUGCAGGCAUUGAAUUCCAGAUCACAACAAUUCAUUAUGCAAAAAAAAACAUUCUCAUCUGUUUGGUUGUUACAUCUACGUCUGUCUAGAUACCAAUUAUCUUGCCACUGGAAACAUUUUCUCCUUAUUUCAUGCUGCUGAAAAAAAGCAUAUUUUGAUUAACCUUUUGCCUUGCAAUUAUCAGGACAAUUUGUAAGACAUAUGAAUAUCAUCAUAUCUUUCAUGUAGUAAGUAGAUCAAAACAAUACACUCUGCUCUCUGUCAAAUUUUCCCCUGAUUUUAUGAUUCCUCACAUGAGGAUCAUUGACAGGGCCAGCAUUUGUUUCAUCCUUUUGUUGCCUUUGUGAAGGUGGUGGUGAGCUGCCUUCUUGAACCACUGUAUGUAGACCCACAAUGUCCUUUGGGGAGUUGAGGUUGCUCCACAUUUUUGACCUGGCAACAGUGAAGGAACACUGAUAUUUCCAAGUCAAAAUGGUACAUGAAUAUGAGUGCAGCCUGGGAGUGUCAUCUUAUGACUUCACAAUUUUGGUAAUCUUAUGUAAUAAAUAUUUUGUUCUCUA